AUGGGAAAGAGCAAGGUGCUUGUGGUAGGUGGAACUGGGUACAUGGGAAGAAGGAUUGUAAAGGCAAGCCUAGCCCAAGGCCACCCAACCUAUGUCCUUCAAAGGCCAGAGAUUGGCCUUGACAUUGAUAAGUUGCAAAUGCUCUUGGCAUUCAAGAAGCAAGGGGCUCAUCUUGUGGAGGGCUCAUUUUCUGAUUUUCAAAGCCUUGUUGAUGCUGUCAAGCUUGUGGAUGUUGUCAUUUGCACAAUGUCUGGGGUUCAUUUUCGUAGUCACAACAUUUUGUUGCAGCUCAAGCUUGUCAAAGCUAUCAAAGAAGCCGGAAAUAUUAAGCGUUUCUUCCCAUCAGAGUUUGGCCUAGAUCCAGCACGUAUGGGACAUGCACUUGAACCUGGGAGAGUUACAUUUGAUGAGAAAAUGGUGGUGAGAAAGGCAAUACAAGAUGCUAAAAUCCCCUUCACUUAUGUUUGUGGUGCUAGCUUUGCCGGUUAUUUCGCGGGCAACCUUUCACAGAUGGGAACACUCCUUCCUCCAAGGGAAAAAGUCCUUAUUUAUGGAGAUGGCAACUCUAAAGUGACUAUUGUGGAUGAAGAUGACAUUGCAACAUAUACGAUCAAAACAAUAGAUGAUCCACGAACAUUGAACAAAACAUUGUACUUUCGUCCACCUGAAAACGUACUCACUCAAAAACAACUGGUCGAUAUGUGGGAAAACCUUAUAGGCAAGAAACUAGAACAUAUCACCAUUUCGCAACAAGACUUCCUUGCCUCUAUGAAAGGUAUGGACUAUGCUGGCCAGGUAGGAGUGGGGCAUUUCUACCAUAUUUUCUAUGAAGGCGCUUUGACAAACUUCGAAAUAGGAAAAGAAGGAGAAGAAGCUUCAAAGCUUUACCCAGAAGUGAAAUACAUCCGCAUGAAUGAAUACUUAAAAAUUUAUGCAUGA